AACCCAGGAGGUGGAGGUUGCAGUGAGCCGAGAUCACGCCACUUCACUCUAGCCUGGCGACAAAGCAAAACACAGUCUUGAAAAAGAGGAAAAAAAAGAGUAGGCACCUCUCUGACAGAAAGAGACUUAAAGACUUAAGGAAGUGAGGCUUUCUUGCUUUCUUUCUAAACACAGCUUCACAGGCACCUCCGCUGGCUGAGCUCUGCCCAGAGCUGAAAGUGGACACAGCGGCCCCCACCUUCCUGGGUCCCUGAGUCAAACAAGAAGGACCCCCGGGGGGAGUGACAACAUGACCUUUGGGUCCUAGCACCUCCUGUGCCCACCUGGCCCCACCCUGUCUGUCUGCCCUGUUGGCCAGGAGCUUCCCUAUGGCUGAGACUCUUGGGCAGCUCAAAUGCCACCUCUGUGCCAGUCUGGAUGGGGGUCCUGAGACCCCACAGCCCUGCCUGCUGCUCUGCCCUCGCCUCCCCUUCACUCCAGCUCUGCCCAGUGGUGUCCUGGCCUGGCCAGUUGCCUCCAUAAUGGAGACCUUCCCAGAGUGCUGCAGGCAUGGUGUACAGUGGCUCCCUCCAGGGUCACCUUGGUGCUGGAUGUUUGCUGAUCCUGUGCUGGGCAGCCUGCAUCUGUCUUGAUGCCCUGUCUUGGCAAGGGCACACCACCCUGAGCAAUGGGCUCAGAUGUGCCUGAGACCCCACAUCAAGCCCCGUUCACUCCCUGUCACCCACCUGUUACUGGAGGUGCAUUUGGGGACUCCUGCCCCAGCCCCCACCCCUCCCUGAGCCUGGCUGCCUGCUCCUCACACCAUCCAUUCUCCACACACUCCCCCUUGCCUAGGGCCCCGGACAGACCUUGGCAGGCUUCCAGAGCUGGCUGUUCAGGGUUUUUAGUGCCUGGCAAGAGCAAGACCCUCUGUCCGCCCGGGAGCCUGGGAGGUGGAGCAGGCCUCCCUGGCCCCGUGCCCAGGGGCUCUUCCAGGGGUCCCUCGCCCCAUCCUCCCAGCUUCUUCCAGCUUUGCCCCUGACAUGUCUUGCUCUGACCUCCCCUCCCUUACUCCUGGCCUCAUCUCCCUGGGCCCAGGCCUUCACAGGCUGACUAGACAGGUUAGCAAGCAGUCACUGACUCUGGCUUCUGGCGAGAGGGGUCCAGACGGGCCAGGACAAUGGCUGGUGAACCCCUGGACAUCAGGGAAGUUUCUGGUGCACACAGUGGGGGUGCAGCUGCCGCCAUGUCUGCAGCUGGGCCCUCACCACUGCUGUGCCUGGGCCGCAGGGAGUGUUAUCGAGCCUGAUUCAGCCUGGGGAUAUUCUGGUGACUUCCUGUCUGAAACUUGCUCUCUUGCUGGGAGGGGUUCUCUGGGUAUGAAUCACUUUGCUGGGGUCAGGGCAGGGAGAACCAGCUCUGUGAUGGGCUUCUCAGAGACAACACCUCAGGUGCCGCACAGCUCGGGGCUGCCCCCACUGGUCCUGGAGGCCCUGUGGGACUAGGCAGGGCCGGUCCGCACCCACUAGGCUCCCAGUGUUUGUACUCCCAGGCUCCUUCCCACUCCCACCCCAGCCUGAUUCUCCACGUGGCAGAGGCAGGGGAGCCCAUACAUGACCACCAGCCCCCAGCUCAUACCCACAGCUCCUGCCACCCAAGGAGCCCACCUUUCCUUUCCCAGACCCCAGUGAAGGACCCGAGAAGGGACCCAGCUGCCCUCAUUUGAAUCAGCUAUCCCCGGACAGCCUGGCAAAGGCCAGAAGGCAUGGAGGGUGACAAUAGCCUGAGCUGGGUCCGGGCAUCACUCCUGGACCCCUCAGCUGGGGGUGCAGAGGAGCCCUGGCGAGCAUGACAGACCAUCCAGUGCGGCGCAGGGAGGGGCAGGUCCUGGGGGCUGCUGGGGCCACCAACAGGAGCCAACAGCUGUCCCUGGCCAUCACCCUCACUGGCUGAUGUGCACUUUGCCUGUUGUUGCUCCAAGGGUGGGGCUGUCCUGGCCCAAAGACCCGGGAGGCCAGUGGCCCCAGGAGCAGUGACCUGUGGGUGGUGUGUUUGCACCAGAUCCCUGCAGGAUCACAGCCCCCUGGGCUGUUUCUGGAAAGCCAAGGUGGUCCCUGCUCUGAGACCUGCACCUCUCCGCUGGGGUGGAGCGAGCCCAGCUUUCGAGGGACCCCACUGCCACACAUGCAAAGCCUCCGAAAUCGCUGUUCAGAGGCAGCCUCCAGCCACUCGGUCUGCAGCAGGGGCAGCUGUGAUCCACGUGGCUGGGGGAAUGUGCGGCGGGGGGCUCAGCCUCCACCGGGCUCUCCUGCCUGAGCGCACCCAACCAUCAUUGUGAGGUCUUAGCUCAAUGACGACGUCCCUGCUGCAGUGCUGGGCAGUGUCACUUGGAGACAUUUGUGGGCCCAGCUCCCAGCCCGGCCCUGCCCCCACUGCUGAAAGAGCCUGGGUUGGACGGGAGUGGGCACCCGGGGGGGGGUCUCUGACCUGAAACCCAGAAGCAGCCUGGGGGUGAGUGGGGCUGUGGGUGCUGUCCACAGUCAGCUGUCAUCUUUCAAGGACAUCAGGCCUACUAGGGCCAGGAGUACCACAGUGAGGGAGACUGUCCCAGGCACCCCACCUGCCACCCUCCAGUUCCCACAGGCCCCUCACAGAGAAGCCACCUGCAGGGCUCUGGCAGGCCACCCUUGGUUCUGGAUGAAGGCGGCUUUGGGGUAGGGCUGGGAUGGAAUGUAGAGCGUAUGUCAGCUGCUCUUCCAGCAAGGCCCUGCCCCAGGGAGAGGGAGGCAGGGAGGGGAGGUUGCUGGUGUGCAGGGUCUGUGCCUGGCCUUCCAGGACAUGCAGGUACCAUCCUGGUCCCGGGGCUGCAGUGAGCGCACUUGGCCUCUCCGCUCCUGGCACCCCAGACAGGUGGGAGGACAUAGCCUCUGGGAAGCCACCUGCUCUGUGAGAGCCGGCAGCACCAGGCUGAGCUGCAGAGGAGCUGGGUUUGUCUUUCCAGGACCCCUGUGCUGUGUGUCCUGCCAUGCCUGUCUGGGGAUACAAAGGCCCCAGCUGCUGCGUGGGAGCUCCUGAGUGAGUGGAGCCUGCUAUAAGCGCUGUUUUUGCCAAGAGAGGUGGCUCUGGGGUUUCCUGCCACUCCCGCCCCCAGGAAGGUGACAAGGCCAUGCUAUUAUCACCAGACAGAUACCCCAGCCCCGGUUGGCCAACCCCAAGCUCAGCCCUGUUUGUGGUUAGGGGAGUUCUAGAGAGAACAUAGUUGGACCCCUGCUACUUCCUGAAACCUCAGCGAGGACUGCAGGGAGGGUGCGAGGUCAGCCGUGCAGGCGGGACCUUGGGUCAUUUUAAACUGUCAGAGUGAACGUCCUGAUAUGACCGACAAGCCGCAUGACAUGGACUUAGAAAGCUUAUUUUAGAGCCACACUGAGAGCGGAACCAGCACAGUAUGUCAGGAAACGCCACCCCAGUGACCACCCCGUGGGCUUCCGUGGGCCUCCCCACCAAGACCUGCAGCAACGUGUCGUUCGAGGAGAGCAGGGUGGUCCUCAUCGUGGUGUACAGCGCCGUGUGCGUGCUGGGGCUGCCGGCCAACUGCCUGACCGCGUGGCUAGCGCUGCUGCAGGUGCUGCAGGGCAACGUGCUGGCCGUCUACCUGCUGUGCCUGGCACUCUGCGAGCUGCUGUACGCCGGCACGCUGCCGCUCUGGGUCAUCUACAUCCACAACGAGCACCGCUGGACCCUGGGCCUGCUGGCCUGCAAGGCGACCGCCUAUGUCUUCUUCUGUAACAUCUACGUCAGCAUCCUCUUCCUGUGCUGCAUCUCCUGCGACCGCUUUGUGGCCGUGGUGUACGCACUGGAGAGUCGGGGCCACCGCCGCCAGAGGACUGCCAUCCUCAUCUCCGCGUGCAUCUUUAUCCUUGUGGGGAUCGUUCACUACCCAGUGUUUGAGGCGGAAGACAACGACACCUGCUUCGACAUGCUGCAGAUAGACAGCAGGAUCGCUGGGUACUACUACGCCAGGUUCACCGCAGGCUUCGCCAUCCCGCUCUCCAUCAUCGCCUUCACCAAUCACCGGAUCUUCAGGAGCAUCAAGCUGAGCGUGGGUCUGAGCGCUGCCCAGAAGGCCAAGGUGAAGCACUCGGCCAUCGCGGUGGUGGUCAUCUUCCUGGUCUGCUUCGCCCCGUACCACCUGGUUCUCCUCGUCAAAGCUGCUGCCUUUUCCUACUACAGAGGAGACAAGAACUCCAUGUGCGCCUUGGAAGAGAGGCUGUACACAGCGUCCGUGGUGUUUCUGUGCCUGUCCACCGUGAACAGCGUGGCUGACCCCAUCAUCUACGUGCUGGCCACAGAACAUUCCCGCCAAGAAGUGUCCAGAAUCCACAAGGGGUGGAAACAGUGGUCCAUGAGGACAGACGUCACCAGGCUGGCCCACACCAGGGACACCGAGGAGCAGCAGUUGCCUGUGACACUGGCAGACCACACCUUCUCUGGGCCUGUGCACCUACCGGGGUCACCAUGCUCCCCCAAGAGGCUGAUGGAGGAGUCCUGCUGAGCCCACCGUGUGGUGCGGAGGCUGGCAGGCUGGGGUCCUGGAGCCAGCAAUGUGGCUCUGGUCCACUGAGCCCCCCAGCCACAGUGCCCAUGUCCCCUCUGGAAGACAAACUCCCAACUUCUCGUUUCUGAAGCCACUCCCUCGGUGACCCCUGGCCCUGGGCUUUCCCACAUGGAAGGUGGCUGCAUGCCAAGGGCGCAGCCAUGCCUCCAGGCUGCCAGGAGCCCAGAGAGCGUGUGGCAGGCAGUGGGGCCUCUUCAUCAGCAGCCUGCCUAGCGGGCUCCCUUAGCUGUGGGCAGGCAGCGGGGCUGCUGGCAGAGGUACCCGGUGGCUGCCCUGUUCGCAUCAGUGCUGAUGACUUUCUUUUCUAGGUAUUUCUGCAAGUGUCACCCGGAUGCGGUGGCACACAUGGGCCCUCCAACCUCCUGCCUCAGAACGCCAGUGGGCAGCAUGCCAGGGUCACCCAGCAACCUGGCAGUGCCUAGUAGGGCAUAGGGCAGCCCGCCACCUCCAAGGGGGCAGAAGCCCUUGUCUGGGAUUGGGUCUGUGCUGAGCCGGAAGGUCUCUCAGGAGCUGUGGGGCAGGGUGGCCAGCUGCUCCGGUUCCCAGAGGGCAGCCCAGGCAUCCUCCAUGGGGGACCCCAAAUAUCCACGUCCAGAACACCAGGUGGCAGGACAGGCAUGACACAGCCACGGCAGAGCCAAGGGGUGCCAGAGUCCCCAGCUGCAUCCUCGGGGAGAAGCUGGUGAGGUGUCUGCACGAGGUGGGAUCCGCGCCCUCAGCCCCUCACUGAGGCGGGAGCGCAGCAGGUGGUCUGCCUGUCUGACAGAGAAAGCCAGCUCCCUGCACCCUUGGGGCCAAGUCGGACCUGGCUCUGCCCCGACAGGCCCUGCCUAGGCCAGGUCACAGUGAUAACCUGGUUUCCCCAUCUGUAAAAUGGGGCCAAUGACACCGACCUCGAGGGGGCCACCAUCGGGGUCCGUCUUCCUCCCUGCACUCACCGCACUGAGCCGGCCGGCGCUGCACCUGGACAGGGAGCCCAGCGCCCAGCACAGCGCAGGGGCUUCCAGCGUGGCCACACAGCACGGUGGGGCUGAGCUGCACUUUCAUUUUGUAAGGCAGCUGUGCAGUUGUUCUUCCUUUUUUUAAAAAAAAUACUAUUUAUUUUGUUAGAGAUGGGGCCUUGCUCCAUUGCUCUGUUGCCUGGGCUGGAGUACAGCGGCACCAUCACAGCCCACUGCAGCCUCAAACUCCUGGACUCAAGCGAUCCUCCCACCUCGGCCUCCUGAAUAGCCGGGACUAUAGGCGUGCACCACCACACACCCAGCCAAAAUCGCCGUCUUUCUUGAGAGAGUCAUCAGAAAAAUACAACAUGGAAAAAACCUUGUCUCUUUUUUUGGUAUUAAAAAAAAAUAGCUGGGCGCGGUGGCUAACUCCUGUAAUCCCAGCACUUUGGGAGGCUGAGG